UCACUAUCACCACUGCAAGCAGAUGAUGAGGUGCUGAACGAAGUAGUAAGCUAUAUCGAAUGGUUACUCUCAGCCGUGCGCCCACAAAAACUGUUAUAUCUGGCUAUAGACGGAGUUGCCCCUCGUGCCAAAAUGAAUCAACAGCGCUCUCGGCGAUUUCUAACAGCUCAAGAGUCAAAUGGAAAUACAUGGGAUACCAAUUGCAUUACUCCUGGUACAGAAUUCAUGACGAAACUUGCCGAUCGUUUACGAUGUUGGAUUGCAAGAAAUCUGACCAGUAACAAAAGUUGGGAAAAGGCAAUUAUACUGUCUGAUGCGAGCGUUCCUGGCGAAGGCGAACACAAAAUUAUGAAUUUUAUUAAAGCACAGACAACGCCCGCUAAAGAUUUUAUUUACAGUGUGGAUGGAGAUCUUAUCUUGCUAUCAUUGAUGCAAAAUGAAAAACAUAUCGACAUACUUCGUCCGAAUCAAGGAAAAGGCUUAAUAAUUCUGUCAGCUAACACAUUGCAGCAACGCCUGGCAAAAACACCCCCAUUCUUUAGAAGCAAGGACGCAAUAAACGAUUGGGUGUUUCUUUGGUGUCUUGUCAAAAAUGACUAUUUACCUCGCCUGCCCACUUUCGAAAUGGCAGAAGUUUCCUUUGAUAAAUUAAUAGCUAUAUGGUGGAAAAUAUGUGGGGAUGAAUGUUUGACAAGCAAUGGAACUUUAAACUUGACACAGUUUGAAUCUCUUAUGAAGGAGUUGACCAAAGAGGAAGGAAAGAGAACGAUGCAAGAAGCCGUUGGUGCUCAAAACUAUGAUGGCCUCAGGCUGGGGGAACCAGGAUUUAAAGAGUGUUAUUACGAGAAACAUUUUGGCGAAAAGUGGACUUUGGAGUUUUCCAGAAAAGUUGUACAAGCAUACGUUCAAGGGCUUUGCUGGCUAUUGGAAUAUGAUCAUCGGGGUGUUUGUUCGUGGAGAUGGUUCUAUCCUUUUCACUACGCACCUUUAGCAUCUGAUUUUGUUAACCUUGUCGAGAUUUCCAAAUUCGAUAUCGACAAGCCUUUCAAACCCUUUGAGCAUUUAAUGGGAGUAAUGCCGAUCACAAGCAAAAAUCUCUUACCUCAACCUCUGGCAAAUUUGAUGGUUGAUGAGAAUAGCAGCAUCGCUGAAUUUUAUCCCGAGAACGUUCAAGUCGACCGUAAAGUACCUCCUAUAAAAGAUGUCGUACUUUUGCCAUUCGUUAAAGAAGCUAACUUGAUAAAUGAAGUCAAUAACGUGAACAGCAAGUUAAAUGAUGCUGAAAUAGCUAGAAAUAACGAAGGAAAUAAUAUUGUAUGCUUUAGUACAAAGCAUAGUCUUUACGAUAAUUUGCUUGAUAGAUUUCCCGCUGAGUAUAAG